UCUCCUUUUCAGAUAUAGAAAAAAUGUUUGAAAGCCGAGCAUUUCCUUAUUCUCACAGUCAAGAACCACACCUCACUGGGAUCUGAACUUCCCAGCAACUUCAGCCCCACAAAUAGGAGAAUAAGCUGCCAGCAAGAUAUAGGGGAAAGGACUCACUGCAAAUUAGAACAUAAAGAAGAAACUGUUCCAAAAGGAAAACGUUUUGCAGACGCCUAUAGCUCACUUGAGACAGUGUCAACAAGUUUUCCCCUCAUGGAGUGAUAAGAAAAAAAAAAAGGACUUUUUAAACUUCCUUCACUUGAACUUUGAAAGAGAAGAUCUUAUUGAGGAGAGACGAAAAGAAGACCAAACUGGAAGGCUCUGAAAAUAUGAGUGAAUUUUGGCACAAGUUGGGUUGUUGUGUUGUAGAGAAACCUCAACCAAAGAAGAAGCGGAGGAGAAUUGAUCGCUCGAUGAUUGGAGAGCCAAUGAAUUUUGUCCAUUUAACACAUAUUGGAUCUGGAGACAUGGCUGCUAACGAUGGACUUCCAAUGGCUGGUGCCGUUCAAGAACAUAUGAGAUCUAAAUGUGGACGUGACAGACAAUGGAGCAAUUCAAGAGUAUUGUAGCUAUUUUGGAUGCAAAGAGUGUGUGAGACAAAUAGAGCCUACAUGAACAGCAAGCGAUAAGCACAGUGGUUUAGUCACUGGAUAAGUUAUUCAACUUCGGAAAUCAUGUGAUUUUUUUUUUUUUCAAGUUUAAAAUGUGCACUAUUCUUAGUACAUUUUGAAUAUGCGAUAGCUUGUUCCAAAGUAAUUAUAUAUAUAUAUAUAUAGAUAUAUAUAUAUGUGUGUGUAUAUGUAUAUAUAUAUAUAUAUAAUGAUGCAGAAAGUCCUGGACUUAUUUAUCUUUGUUCUUCUGUAUUUGCUGUAAUUAGUGAAUUGUUUUGAAACUAAAGCACUUCCUAUGGUUAAAAAUGUCAUGGACUUUGAAAUGAAGCUGGUUUUUAAAAAGCCGCAUUUCCUCCUUCUGUAUAAAACAAUUGAAAACAGACAGAACAUUGGAUAGAAACUUCCUCUUUUUUUUUUUUUUUUUUUUUUUUUUAAAUUUUUACACAUUUAUUAAAAAGGAUUUUAUAUUACACAAUUACAGUUCUAUAUUGUUCAUUUAUACCAAAUUACUGAUAUUUGUUUCUAAUUACAAAUGUUCUGUUUUCUGAGAAUAACAGCAAAAAUGUCGUUUUAAUGGACUUUUGGCUACAAAUUGAUCAGUAAUGCAUGAAAUGAAUAGAUGAUCAAAUUAAACAGAUCAUAAGCCUGUUCUUUUUCUUUCUUAUUCUGCAGCAUCUAAGUCUGCUCUUUUAUUGACUGAUCUAAGUUUUCUUCUUGGACAAAUCAGCCAGUUAGAAGCUAAACAGCCCUCUCUGUUUACUUGCGCCAGUAAACAUUCGUGUUGUAAACAUGAUGUUUUAAUUAAAGCUACACAUACUCACUAGCACUUCUAUUGAAGCUCUUAAUACUGUGAAGUGAGCAUGAAGACAUAAAUAUUUUCCAUCAAGCUAGUUUACUGGCAGGAGUGAGCCCUCGCUGAUGUUGAAAGGGACAUGAAACAGAAUUUAUCUUUCAUGAUUCAGAUAGAACAUACAAUUUUAAUCAACUUUUCAAUUGACUUCUAUUAUAUAAUUAGCUUCAUUCUUUUGGUAUCUUUUGUUAAAGGAGCAGUGGUGCCCUACUGGGAGCUAGCUGAUCAUAUAUGGGAGUCAAUGACCAGAGGCAUCACCAUUUUUUAGAAAAAAAGAUUUAUCUGUUCCAUAGACUUUAAUGGUGAUUUUCUGUUGAAACACAUUAGAUUGACCCCAUUGAGUGCUAAAGACACGUUCACGCUCCUGAGCUUACCUAGGUUUACUCUUAGCAAAGAAUACCAAGAGAACAAAGCAAAUUAAUGAUAAUUUUAGAUUAAAAAGUUGUUUAAAUUGAAUUUUCAUCUUUACUGCCUUGUUAAGUGCCCAGAUACAAGUUAUGCAGAGUAAGUUUAUAGAAUUGUUAUAAAACAUUUGUAAUAAGCUGUUAUCCUACUAUGUGAACAUAUGGGACCACUGCAUCUUUAAAUAUUAAAAAGCAAUUACUUUUAGGAAGCAUUGUUAUUGCUUAGAGUGCUGAAGAAAAUAUCCAAUGUAUGGGUGGGAGAUCCAUAUCCUUGAGUAGUUCUCAGUUUGUGGCGCACGCUCAGGAUUAUGGGUCUGGAACAGAUCAGUUAAAGCUAAAGAUGAAGUUCGGGAGGUAAGAGAAUCAGAAAAGUGGAUAGAAGUGUACAGAGCUUCAGCUAAGUCCUAUGAUACUAUGUAACCUAAAUACACCCUGAAUAGUCAUCUUUACAAAUGAAAACUAUAUGAUUAUACAACAUUUUGCUAAUCAUGUCUUGACUAAUUUACUGGUUGCCCAUCAGGAAUAUUUGGCUGACUCUAUGCUGUGACCACAGGCGGCUUUUCAAACGUUUUUAAACUUAUUCAAAACCAGCAUUAUUUGAAGAAAGGAUAAACCAUGUUACUGGAAAAUGAGCCCUGUACUAAUAAGCACAUUCUGGUCAUAUAGGAAUUCUGAGUGUUUAUUAAUAAAACUCACCAUUGUCACAUGUACUUUUACUAUAGCUGCUAUUUCAGCAAAUGCUCAGUUACCUCUGAGUUAAGAUUUGUAAACUAUGGAAUUACAGAUCACUGCCAUCUAUAAAGGUUUGAUGCUAAAUCUUAUAUACAUUUAUAAAACUUACAAUCCGAAUUUAGCAUCAAAUAGAGGCCCGUGUGCAUCAUUACGUUUGAAAAGCUUAAAGGGAUAGGAAAGUAAAAAUUAAAUUUGCAUGAUUCAAAUAGAGUAUGUCAUUUUAAUACACUUUUGAAUUCACUGCUAUUUUCAAAUAUGCUUUGUUAUCUUGGUAUUAAUGGUUGAAGAAAAUACGCACAUAUCCUACACUAAUGGGAGCUAGCUGCUGAUUGGUGCCUGCACACAUUUGUUUCUUGUGAUUGGCUAACUAGAUAUGUUCAACUAUCUUUUAGUAGUGCAAAUGCUGUUCCUUCAGCAAAGGAUAAGAAGAGAUUAAAGCAUAUUUGAUAAUAGAAGAAAAUUGGAAAGUUGUUUAAAAUUGUAUGUUCUAUCCAAAUCAUGAAAAAAAAAUUGUGGGGUUUCCUGUCCCUUUAAUGUUUUAUCUUCAUCUUUUUAUUCUACUCACCUGCUGAUCAUCAAUAUUUUAUUUUUAAGGAGGUUCACAAUAAAUCUAUAUUCGAGCUUUCUACGCUUAGCAAUUUUAGUUACUUGCUUGAAACCAUUAUUUAAAAAAAAUCAAAAGCACAAAAGAGAAAAAAAGUUUUAAUUUUUUCCAUAAAAUGCUUUAAUGAAGGCAGAUAGGCGGUAAUACAAAACAGACUCUGAAACAGAAUCUAUAAUGUGGUAACUAUUUCCCACAAGUUUGACAGAUUUUAAUAUUUUCUGACAAAAUAAAAAUAUCUUCAGAUAAUUAAUAACUCCUAUACAUAAAUGCCCAUAUAGUAAACAAUUCUAACAGGGUAUAAUAAACUUUUUUUUUUUAGUUUAUAGCAUUUGGGCCAACACAGAUACAGUUUAGUAACUGUUUUAGAUGGUCUAUAACAUUCCUCAAAGCUAAGUGUUAGUUAAUACUGUUUGUGUCUUCAACAUUGUUUUAUAUAGAAUUUAUCAGAUAUACGGUUUCAUUUCAUUGAGUAUUUUUGUGGUUCAAUCAGUUGUUUGUUCUUAAGGAGCCCAUAGUGUUUGCAAAACAUCAUGUAGAAAAAAGUAUGAUACGUUAACGUGAAGGUCAAUUUGGAUGAAUUAGUGCCCGGUUUUUAAUAAUCCUAUUAAAAACAAGUCAAUUUAAUUCAUCCAAAAUUGACAUUUCACUCCUUUUCUUCAAAACCUUACCUUUUAAUCCUGACAGCCGCUGCAGCACUUCCUCCGGCCAUUGCAAGCCUUCUUUGCGGGUCCAAAAUGACGACUCCGUCUUCCUCUAAUCAUGAUCCCCUGGGGGGAAAGCCGUGAUUGGAGGAAGCCGGAUUCGUCAUUUCUGACGUAAGAAGAGGUUUCCGACGGCCGGGGGAAUUGCUGGAGCGGCUUUCAGGAUUUAAAGGUAAGGUUUUUGAAGAAAAGGAGUGAAAUGUAAAUUUUGAUGAAUUUAAAGUGCCCUUGUUUUUAAUAGGUUUAUUAAAACCCGGGCACUAAUUCAUCCAAAUUGACCUUCACUUUAAAACAGGUUGAGGGUUUAUUACUAGAAAUAAAACAUUCUCAAUGGAUAUCUUCAGGAUACCAAUCUUCUGUAUGAGAAUGUAAUAAAUUGAUAAUAUUAUAGAUAAGAGGAGUAUUGCACCUCCUAUUUUCUGUGGCAUGGGCUAUUAAAGAUAUCACUUAUCAUACAUCACUCUGCCAUGUGCCAUACUGAUGGGCAUUUGUGUGCUGAAUCAUUUCAUGUAAUCUAGUUUAUUAAUUCUAAAACCGUAUGAUUUAUUGUUUUAGGAUUUGUAUAUUCAAAACUGUUCAUUGGUACAUAUAGAAAAAGGCAUUUGAAUUUUUUUAUAGUAUAUUGUUUUUGAUAAAAUUCUGUUUCAGUGCAGUGUAAAGUAGCAUUUAUUUCCCAGUCUUGUAGUGCUUAUCGACCAAUGAGCAUUAAUAUACUAGUUUCAGUUGUACACAAAUGUGCAUAUCUUGAUAGUUUCAGGUUAAAUUUAACAAUUUGUUAGUUAAAAAUAUGUAUUUUUAAUGAACGAAAUAUUAAACUGCUGCUUUUUAAUGUGCAUUGUAGCAGAUUGAGUAUGGGUCCUUUAAAUAAAUAGCACUGUUAUUGGGAGGUCAUAGUAAAAGUCCGUCACAUUACGGCCUAAUCGACUCACUCUGAGUUGCAAGCUUUGUACACAUAUGAGCCACAUGCACUUCAUAGACUGGGGUGAUGUGACCACAACACAGCUAAACAGGGACAAUUAGUUAUUUAUUUUACAAUGGUGAUUUAUCAGAAAAUAUACUGCUGUACUGAUUUAAAUGUCCCUUUAACUGUAAGAAAAUAUUCUUGUAAAAUAUGUUACCACCUCCUCAGAUAUUAAAAGGAAUAAGACACGUUGUUAUAUUAAUAUAAACUGUUUAAUUUCAGACAAUAAAACAACUUUGCAAUAUA